UAAGUAUUUUGCUUCGUACCUUCCUCCCACAUUCUCUCUCUCCCAUCUCUCUGGAUUCUUAUUUUGACCCCACUGACUCCCUCUCUCUUCUUUCUCUCUCUAUAACUACCUCUUCUCCCUCGUUUUCGCACCCGCAGAUCUUGCUGUACAAAUCUCAAGCAACAAUGCGGAAUUUCACUUUCUUCGAACAAGCUUUCCGUGACCAUCGCUCACAGUUGAAGCUCGUUCUCUUCUGCACCACCGUCAGUGGUGGUGGACUUUUGGCAUACGGUGAGGCUGUUGCUGCAUCUGAACCGGAGCAGAAGAAGAAGAAGGUCGUGGUGCUGGGAACUGGCUGGGCAGGGACGACUUUCUUGAGGAAUUUGAACAAUCCAAGAUAUGAGGUUCAUGUGGUGUCGCCUCGCAACUAUUUUGCCUUCACUCCUUUGCUGCCAAGCGUUACCUGUGGAACUGUGGAAGCGAGAAGCAUUGUUGAACCCGUCCGCAACAUCUUUAGGAAGAAAAAGGUGAACGCUUAUUUCAAUGAAGCAGAGUGUGUCAAGAUUGACGCAGCAAACAAGAAAAUUUACUGUCGAUCUAAUAUAAACAAUAACUUGAACGUUAAAGACGAAUUUGUCGUGGACUAUGACUACCUAGUCAUAGCUGUGGGAGCAAAUGUCAACACAUUUAACACUCCCGGGGUGGUGGAGAAUUGCCAUUUCUUGAAGGAAGUUGAAGAUGCACAGAGGAUUAGAAGAACUGUUAUUGACUGCUUUGAAAGAGCAAGUUUGCCGAGUAUAAGUGAAGAAGAAAGGAAGAGAAUUCUUCAUUUCGCUAUUGUUGGAGGUGGUCCAACUGGAGUGGAGUUUGCAGCCUCGCUCCAUGACUUUGUCAAUGAGGAUUUGGUCAAGUUAUAUCCUAAGGCAAAAGAUUUAGUCAAAAUUACGCUUCUGGAGGCUGGAGAUCAUAUUUUGAGCAUGUUUGACAAAAGAAUCACUGCUUUUGCUGAAGACAAGUUCCGAAGAGAUGGUAUUGAUGUGAAAACCGGAUCCAUGGUUGUGAAGGUAUCUGAUAAAGAAAUUUCUACUAAAGAAAUGAAAAAUGGAGGGGAAAUUACUUCAAUUCCAUAUGGAAUGGCCGUCUGGUCAACUGGUAUCGGAACUCGUCCAUUUAUAAGAGAUUUUAUGCAACAAAUUGGUCAGAUUAACAGACGUGCGGUAGCUACUGAUGAAUGGUUGAGAGUUGAGGGAACCGACAACGUAUAUGCACUUGGUGAUUGUGCUACAAUAAACCAGAGAAAAGUCAUGGAAGAUAUUGCGGCAAUAUUUAAGAAGGCUGACGCAGACAAUUCAGGAACCCUUACAGUCAAAGAACUGCAAGAGGUGUUGCAUGACAUCUGUGAAAGAUACCCUCAGGUGGAGCUAUAUCUGAAAAGUAAACAGAUGAACAAUGUUGCUGAUCUGUUGAAGGAAUCCAAAGGAGAUGUUAAAAAGGAAUCCAUUGAACUGCAUAUCGAAGAACUAAAAACCGCACUUUCUAAUGUGGACUCCCAGAUGAAAUUUCUUCCUGCUACAGCGCAGGUUGCAUCUCAGCAAGGCACCUACCUUGCCAAGUGUUUUGACAGGAUGGAAGAGUGUGAAAUAAAUCCAGAGGGUCCUCUCAGGUUCAGGGGAGAAGGGCGCCAUCGGUUCAAACCCUUUAGGUACAAGCAUUUAGGCCAAUUUGCUCCUCUGGGAGGAGAGCAGGCAGCUGCACAGCUUCCUGGGGAUUGGGUUUCAAUUGGACACAGCACUCAAUGGCUGUGGUAUUCUAUCUAUGCAAGCAAGCAAGUCAGCUGGCGUACAAGAGCAUUGGUAGUAACAGACUGGACAAGACGCUUUCUUUUCGGGAGGGACUCAAGUCAAAUAUGAAAAGAGUUUUGACAGUUUCCGGAGUCUUGCGGUGGCAACAUUGUAGAGCUCAUCAAACUUGAAUUUAUUUUGAUACAGGAAAACUUUUGUUUCAAUUUCUUCUUAUUCUUUUUGAAUAACAGAAGCACACCACCAGCUAGAAUGUCACAGCUGGGAUUUGUGGUCAUGCUUUGCCACUUUUAACUUCAUUGUAAUUUUACAUACCCCCUUCCCCUUUUCUUUCAUGCUUGUGCUAUUGGAACUGCGGAAUUUGUGGA